AUGAUCAAGAAUGCAGCAAAUGCUAGGGCGUUCCCCCGAAGCGACGCAAAGGUCAUUGCCGCACACCAAUUUAACCAGAAACUGCGCAUUGCAAACUUGAACGUGGGCUCAAUGACCGGACGCAGCUCAGAGCUAAGUGAAGUCCUUCUAAGAAGACGUGUAAACAUCUGCUGUAUACAAGAGACAAGAUGGAAGGGGUCCAAGUCCCGUGAUAUCGGAAACGGUUUCAAGCUACUCUAUAACGGCUCAAUCACAAAUAAAAACGGAGGGGGCAUUGUGAUCGAUCAAGACCUACAGGAGCGCAUAGUGGAAGUCCACCGCGUCAGCGACAGGCUCAUGUCAAUCAAAUUUGUCCUCGAUAAUCAGCCAUGCAUGAAUGUCGUAUCAGCGUACGCACCACAAACUGGGUGCACAACAUCUGAAAAAGAAAUCUUUUGGAACGACCUGGACGACCUAAUGCAGUCGAUACCCACUACAGAAACAAAAUACAUCCUGGGAGACUUCAAUGGGCAUAUAGGACAAACAUCACCUUUCAACGCGAGAGUGCAUGGAGGUUACGGAUAUAAGUGGUGGACAGAUGAUGUCAAGCAAAAGCUGGAACAAAAGAAAACCCUUUUCAAGUCCUGGCAAAAUAGCAAAGAAGAAACAGAUCUCGAGGCGUACAGAACUGCUAAGAAAGUAGCCAAGAGAGCUGUGGCGCAAGCAAAAGUCAAAUCCGCAGAAGACUUCUAUGCGAAGCUACAUAAUAUAAAGGAAGACAGGUAA